GACUUAAGAGAAGAGAGAGAAGAGGAGUGAGAGAGGGAGGGCCUCUGUUGGAGUACUGUCAUUUUCCUAUAUAUACUCUCGAGGUAGUAAGAACACAGACCAAAAUCUUUCUCCUUCUCAAUCUUUUCCAAUCUAUUUCCAUUGUUUAUUUGCAACACCACGCAUCCUCCCUCUCUCUCGAUCUCUUUUCCUGCUGAGGAGGAUGUCUGUUUCUUGAAGAAGAAGAAGAAGAAGAAGAGGAGAAAAAGAGUCUUCCUUUCCCAUCUAUAUACCUUUUUUUCUCUUACACCACACCUUCUUCGAUCUUUUUCUUUCCCCUCUUCUUUUUCCUACCCCUGAGCAUAGCUAAAGGUUUAUUUGGGUUUGUCUGGGUGUGAGCUUUUUCCCCUUGAAUUCUAUUUAAUUGGAGGAGGGUUUCAGUACUUUGCGUCAGAACCAGCACCAGCUUGAGAGAACUUCUUCUUCUGAGAAAAAAAUGUUCCGGAAAGACAAUAUUUUUGAAGAACCUUCUUUGCAUCCGAUUCCUGAUCUUUCACUGCACAUAAGUCCUCCAAAGAGUGCCCCUUCAUCGAUUUGCACUGGAACGCAUGAAGGGGAUUCGAGCUUCGAUAUUUGGCGAAAAGAUGACAGCCUAAAAUCCCACAGCGACAGUUCCAUCAGAGACAGCAGUACUCAAGCUGAGACCGAGCUUUCUCUAUCAAACCCCACAUGUGGUUUGGAGGCUGAGAGUCCAUGGAGAAGAAACUUCUGCACUGGUGGGGAAGAAGCUCAAGCAUUAAGGCAUAUAAAUCAUGGGAUUUCAUCAGUACCGUUUGAUCAUGUUCCGGAGGGAGUCAAACCCAUAAAAGGAAUUCCUGUGUUCUCUUCUUUGGAUCAUUUUAAAGAGAGGGAUAAGUUUUGCUUCAACCAAAUGGCAUAUCCAUCUUGUGCUUCUACUCGCUCUUCUGCUUCCUUCAGUCCUUUUGGUGCUGGGGGUUUUGAACCUGCAGUGUCAAGGUAUAAUGGGAUAACCAUGGAGAAUCUAAGAGCCCAACAGUUUCAAUAUCUGCAACAACACCAAUAUGCUGUUGGGGCCUCGGAUUUCUCAAAUGGCUUCAUAAGAUCAAGAUUUAUGCCAAAACUGCAGAGUAGGAGGAAUAUGAGGGCACCGAGAAUGCGCUGGACAAGUUCUCUCCAUGCUCGGUUUGUUCAUGCUGUGGAGCUCCUUGGUGGCCAUGAAAGGGCUACUCCAAAGUCAGUUUUAGAGCUAAUGGAUGUCAAAGAUCUUACUCUUGCUCAUGUCAAGAGCCAUUUACAGAUGUAUCGAACUGUUAAGAACACUGACAAACCUGCUGCUUCCUCAGAUGGAUCUGGGGAUGAAGAUUUCUUGAACACAACGCCGACUGAUCUACAGCAAAAUGAGAACUGUGAUCUGCUCAAUCAAAGAAGAGAUAAUUCAUCAAAUGCGGCUUUAGAACAUGAAAUGGGAUACCCUUCUAAUCCCUGGAGUAACUCUUCCAGUGGAGGGUCAUGGGUGCAAGCCAGUUCGAGAAAUCUGGAUACAAUAAGACCAGAAAUGCUGCCAUCUCAACUAAGAAUAUCUGGAGACCAAUUUGAGGUAAGUGAUCAUCAUUUUGCCCAAUCAAGAAACUUCACAAGAUCAAGUUUUGAUCACCUCAAGAAUCCUAGCUUGGAGUUCACUUUAGGGAGGCCCGACUGGCACAACAAUGAUCAACACGACUAAUUUCAAUUAAUGGUAUGGCCAUAUAUAAUUAUUGUUUUAGUAUUUCCAAGAUAAGGAAAUAGGGGCAGGAAAAAGCAGUACUAAUAUAUAAUAUUAAUAUAGGUAGUACUACAGUUAGUGAUCAGCCACUAAGAAAAAUGAUGAUCAUGAUCUCUCUAUAAGUUUUUUUUUUUUUUUUUUUGGGUUUAUCUUCUUGAUCUCCUGUAACUUGCUUUGAAAUCUGUAAAUACUUCUUCAUGUGCUAAAAGCUGCUCAUGAUGGUUGUGAGGUGAUGUGAAUCAGUAAAUUUCAAGAAUGAAGCUGCAAAAAGCAGAAGAAAAGAAAAGAAGAAAAAAAAAAGAGGAAGGAAUCAGUACUUAUAAUGGUGCAUUAUAUAGCUUUUAUUCUCUCAUGAUCUUUUUCAGUGCCCUCCUCUCUAUCUCUUCAAUCUGUGGGGUCAUUUCAAGUGAUAAGUGUGUGAAAUCUUGACUUUUAUGGUCUGAUCUUUUGUUUCUUAUGGUCAUUAAGAGAUUCAUGUCUG